AUGCCAUCGCGAAAUAAGAAAAAUAAAAAUCGAGCACAGCAGCCAACAACAAGUGGUACAAGUGCAACGAAAAAUGAAGCGACGUCCGUUGAAAUGAGCAAAGAUUUGGGUCCCAGCAAUGAGCCCGAAUCGAAGCCAAAAGAUUUGAAAUCCACAAUCAGUGUGGCAAAAGAAAAACUGGAUCAAUUGCAACAAACGGUGGAUUCAAUUAAGGCAAGCAUUAGCCAAGCAAAUGUUGAAAAAACGGAUGAAAAACCAAGUGAUGAUGGUGGGAAAGAGCAAGACGACAAGGCUGAACAACCAUUUGAAACGCAAACGAUGAAGAAAAAACGGAAUCGCAACCGGAAUCGCAAUCGAAAUAAAAACUCACAAAGCAAUACGACCGACGAGAGUGGCAUGAGCAGUACUUCUGGAACAAAUGAAAAUAGCACACACGAAAAUAGCCCAACACACGCUGUUUUAACGACAAUUGUGUUGCCAACAAGCGAUGUCAUCACGUCGAAAAUUACUGAAGAACCGACUCUAGUUGAUUGCAAUGAGCGGAAAGGCGAUAACGAUCAUAAUGACGCCGACAACAUUGUAAUUGAAUCCCCAACUGAAACAAUUCAAGCGGUUGAAAUUCAAUCAAGCCCAAAAAUUGACGAAAUUCGAACGGAAGCCAUUGAAAGCGAAACUCAAAUUGGUGAAUCUUCGGUGAAAAUUGAUACAACGGUUGAAAGUGAAAAAGAGGCACCGAUUGAAAGACCAACGCCAGGCGAAAGUGAAUCAGCUUCGAAACAAGAUGAGAAAACGAGCGAAACAAGUGGGCAAGUGGCAAAAGACAGUGAUAAACGAACCAAGGACAAUGAAAAACAGAAGAAAAAUACUCGUCAAGCAAAAGAUAAUAACAAAAAUUCAAAAGAAAUGCCAAAGGCUGACGCAGAACCACAGAACCAAGAUGGAAAAAAAGUCAAUGAUUCGGGUGAUCAUUUGGAGAAAAAGGACGCGAUUGAAACGAAAGAAGAUUUACCGGAUGUGAAACAAGUUAGCGCCGAACCAAAGAAUAAGAAUAAUAAGACUGUCAAAGAAAAUAAAAAAUCGCCUAAAAUGAACAAAAAGAAUCAACCAACGGAAAGUGAUCCCAUUGAAACGGAGCAGAAAAAGUCAGCUGAGCCAAGAGAUGUCGAAAGUACACCAGUUGCAGAGAAAAAAAUUGAUGGAGAUGAAAGUGCUCUGAUUCAAAAGAUCGAGCAGCCUAAAGAAGCGGCUGUUGAAAGUGAACAAUCAUCAUCGAAGAUCACUGAACAACCGACGCAAACUGAACAACAAUUAGAACAGCCAAUCGAACAAAUACCAUUGCCAUCGGAUGAGCAUCAAACGGAAAACAUUUCACAGGGAUCGAAUAUAGAUGAACAAAAACCAGAAGUUGAAAGUGGAAGCAAGCAGGACGUCGUAGUGGAAGAACAAACAAUAAUUGAACCCAAAAUCAAGGAAGAAAUCCAGGAAGAGACUAAAGAAGCAAAAGUUGAGGAAAAUAAGCGAGAAACCAAACAGCAAACAACUGAAGCGAAACCAAAGGAGUCACCUUCUGGUUCACCGAAAGAGUCGAAAAAAGCAAAAGGUAAAAAAUCACCACCUCAAACUAAAGGCCAAAACGGGCAAAAGCAAAAUAACGCUAAAGAGAUUACGUCAGAGACGAAACCCGAACCAAUUCCAGAAAAAAACGAUGAGAAAUCCAGUGAUGAACCACCUUCAAAAGACAUAGCUGCAACUGAACCAUCGAAAGAAGUCAAAUUGAAUGAUCCGCCGAAGGAAUUACCGACAAAACGUGAAGAAGAGCCCGUCAAAAUUGAGGCAUCAUCUGAAGAGACAAUAGCAAAUAAAUUAGAAGAAGCUCCCAAUGUCAAAGAUACAAAACCGACACUGAAUUUAGAAACAACAAAAGGUGGGAGCACUUCGGCCGUGCUUGAGCCAACUGCAUCAACUUCGAAUGUUCCACCGAAAAUCGAAACUGAACCAAAAAAAUCUAAUUUAACCGUUGGCCCAUCGAAUGAUGCGGUGACAAAAACACCGAGCACAACACCAGUUUUAACAACUCCCGCCGCUGAAGCGUCCAAAAAGCCGACUCCACCCGAGGAUGAAGCGGCCAAAAUAUGGCAAAUACUUGAAGAAGCUAGCAAAAGUUUAGAACCCGUUGAAAUUGAAAUGCCAGUGAUGCCAACGAUGAACUCAACUCCUGAAGUCACAGCGCAAGUUAUGUGUUUGUCAAAGGAUGAACAGCAAGUGAAAGAAGAGACACACGAACUUGUCACAAUACUCGAAGCAAAGGAACCAAUCAAAGCAAAACAAGGCACUCCACCAAAAGCACCAAAAACUAAGGAGAUUAUUCAACAACCGAAGCAGAGUAGUCCUACCAAAACGGUCGAACCGCAACCAAAAAAAGCUGUAGAUCCAAAAAAGAAGCAACAACCAACAUCAAAGAAUACAAAGCCAAACAAAGCGUCUCAACCACAAACUAGCGCCACACCGGACAAGACGACUGAAAAAAUGUCUGAAAAAACACCCGAAAAGACAACGACCGUCGCAGAAACACCGCCGAUUGAGGUAAGCAAUGAAGCAAUUGCGGUUCCAGCUGAAGAAGUUCCGCUCGAUGUUAGUAUAAUCCCGAAUGAAAUUGAAGUGGCCGAAUUAAAUGCCGACUCAAAAAACGUGCAAGGAAGCGAUUUUGUUCCGUCUGUUGAGCAAUCAGUAGCCGAAACAAAAUCGCUUGUACCCGAAAACGAUGUGAAGGUUGUUGAGGUAGUUCAAUUGAUGCCAUCAAAAGACAGCAAAUCGAAAAGCAAGAGUCCAAUCAAUGUGAAGAAGGAAAAAACGCCCAAUCAAGCGAAAGCACUACCAACGACCAGUGAAGAUGUACAAGAAACUAAAGAGAUGGUUCUUAAGGGAGAAAAUAAUAACGAAACGGCCGAAAAUACAGUGAAACUACCGACGGAAUCAACCAAAUCUCAAUCAAAAUCACCAUCAAAAUCAAUGUCACCCGAAAAGAGCAAACAAACGGUGCAGAUCAAUAAACAAAAAGGGGGAAACGCGAAAAGUGCUCAAGUAAAAACCACUCAAAAUAAUAAGAAAACGAAUGGAAAACCGUUCGUUCCACCAAAGCCCGAUAAUUUGGUCAGCAGCCAGACGAAGAAAGCCCAAGUGGCUACAACGAAAUCAGAGUCGGCUGUCAAAUCAAAAACGGAGAAAAUUCUCGUUUUGACUGGCAAUAUUGAAGAUGAUGACAGUGAAGAUGAUUAUAUUGAAUACAAAUUUAUGCCACGACAAGUUUUCAUCUCGACCAUUUGUCAAGCGUGCAAAAAACCAACCACGUCGUCCGAGCGUAUCUUGUGCCAGCUCUGUCAAAUGGUUUCAUACUGUUGUGCCGAACACGGAGCAAAUGAUGAACCCAUUCAUAAGGACCUUUGCGCAGCACUACAAGAAAUUGCAAAGAAACGAGGCGGUCAUAUUUACAACAAUGCUCGCAUUCUCAAUAAUAAUGAUUAUCGUAGUUUGCGUGUUCACACAUUGAAUUUAUGUGAGAAUUUCUUGAAACGACCUCUUGAAACUUAUGAACGGGAAAUUUUGCUGUUCCCGCGCUUAUGUUCAACACCGACGUGUCGCGAAUGGCGACAAAAUCUACUAACUGAUUGUCCCGGCUGUGGUCAGGUAUUCUACUGUACCUCUCAACCGGAGCACUUAGUGGAAUCGCAUCAACGAUGGUGUAAAUCGGUUGCACUCUAUCAAAAAUUAGUGGUGACGCAAAGUGUUUCGGGUCGUAUUGAGCCCAGUCUACCGUCUCGAAUUCAAGCAAAACCAUACACGCUGCCAAAUAACAUCGGCGAUGUGUUCAAAGAUCUGUACAAGAAUUACUCAGCCAUCAAAGAUGAUUGUGUAUUCGCUACGCUCACCCAAUUGGCAACAGCACCGUUGACUGCUUAUUUUGCUACACAGAAAGCCGGACAACAAAUUGGUGAAAAAUUCACGAUCCAUCUCAUUGGAGCGGAGCUACAGUUUGAAGCGGACGUUUUAGACAUCUGGGAAACAUUUUUCCUACAUUUGGCACACAAUCUCAUGGAAUUGACAAUUGUAUUCUGUGGCCCGGAAUUGAAUGCCGAAAAUAUACCGUUGGAUAUCAUCAGCCGAAUUAGAAUGUGCCGAACAUGCCGUCAAAAUUGUCGCAUCGUUAAAUUUGAUUUUCAAUGCGCCAAAUUUUACCAUGACUAUGCCAAUAGUAGUGCCUAUAGCAAGCCGGAUUUAAUUUGUUUCUUCAAUCCUGGUUUUCAUCAUAUUAAUAGCUUGAAUGGCUUGGAUACUUGGUCGGAAACUAUAAAAAUAGCAUCGAGUUCGGGUUGUCCAGUCGUUGUUACAUCCUAUACCGAAUUUGAAUCACCUCGCGAUUUGAAUCGUUUCCAAGGCGAAUCAACCAAUGGUGGCAAGCAAAUGAGGCUGAUUCAUGGACCUGAAUUCAAUGUUUAUUCAUCGCAGCGUCCCGAACGCAACUUCAUUUCCGAUGAAAUCGUGCCAUUGAUUUUUAAGAAUUACUUUUGUUUCAUUAUGAAAUGAGUUGGCUGUGGCUUUCAUUCGGGCGCACAAGUCAAUUCAUUCAUCGUUUUUUUUCUUUCUUUUUUUUCGUUGCCAAAAAAGAACAGAAUUUGUCGUAAACUAAGAAAUUCGUUCAUUAGCUCAGUCAAAAUCUAAAUAAAAACGGUCAUUAAAACAAAAACUGGUUCAAUUGUUGAAAA